AUGUAUGUUGUACUACUGUACGCUGCUGUGCCUCGUUCUAUCCAGGAUCCACCCCCACGAAGAUCGCGUGAGACUGAGACACGUCGAGACUGUAUAUGGAAUAGACGGCUGUCUUGCCCGUUUGCCCUCCUUCGCAACAUAGCCUCCAAGCUUCGACAAGACAAAACGAACGGCGUCAUCCUUGCGAACGCCCAUACUGUGCCCUACCGUACUCAAAUCAGGGUUGUUUCCUUUCUUGUACACAUCCUCCGCGAGAGCUAUAUGGUCCAGGGCCUCUCCACCGACAUUUGCUGCACUCGACUUAGGUGGCCAUUACAAGAACAACGACCAUACCAUACCACACCCUACCAUACCAUAUAAUAGGAGCGGAUUUACACACAUACACAUACACAGACACGAACAUGUGCAUCGCCGGCCUCAAUCUCACGACACGGACCUGCGCGCACCGAUGGUACGAACUCAUUCGACAAUGCAAUCCUGCCAAUAGCCUCCACAACUGUCCGGAAAAGCUACGUCUGGAGGGCUGGGAGCGGCAACGAGCAGACUGCCCGUUUUGCGACGGCACGGGACAUGACCACUCCACGCACAGGCUGUUUGGCAGCACAUCCUCAGCCAGCUCCGUCACAUCAUCGCCGACCAUGUCCGCAAUGGGAUCAUUUCACGACAGAUACAGUCGAAGAAGCAGUGGAGCGACUGCCACGACGGGCAUCGCCAGCGCACUCUCGCGGCAGAACAGCAACUACUCCUCCUCCUGCAGUGGCGAACUCGAUCGAGCCAUUCAAGCAAGACACAUGAACCGACGCAUCCAUGUCUAUCUCUCGUCCGAUCCUCACGAGAUUCUGCCUUCGGCGACCAAGAACUACCCGACAUAUGCUGCCGCCAUCGCGAAAGCGGAGAGUAGUGCUGCUGGCGGGAGAUCGGAGGCGAAGAGGCUUCGCCGAAGCAACUCAUUCGCUGUGGUUUCUCGCGGGUGGCAGCGCAUGUCGAAGCGUCUGAGCAUCAACCCUGACCUGUUCAAGGUUGCGUGAGCGGCGUGCGACAAUGAAAUCACUUGCUGCUGCUGCUGCUGAAGAGUAUAGAGGUACAAUGUACCGACUCCGACGUGGCGCGCUCUCAGCGUGCUUGCUUUGGGCCUUGGCGCAAAUCACUGCUCGGAACGGGCUUUCUUGACGAAGCCGAAGAAAGGAUUCUUUUCUCAAGCGAUCCAGACACACACUCACACACCACAUGAAUCAUGGCCAUUCAUACGACAGUACUACACAUCGUCAUCAUCACCAUCACCAUCAUUCAUUUGAUUGUACCAGGAAAGACGCUGUAGCUGCUCGCUUGUACUGGCUGCCGCUCCAAGCCGGUCUUGUUGCAUUCCAUGCACCCCCCGCGGAAAGCCGUCGCGGCAUGAUCGGCAUCGGCAGUAUUUAGCGGCAGCAGCAGCCAGCAGCAGGCCAGCAUCAGCAGCCAGCAGCAGGAGCAGUAAAGUGUCGCGUGGUUCGCUAGCCACGCGACAUCUUCCUCACACUACGCCCAGAUAUCAUCCUUUCCAAGCCUGGGUUUCUCUUGGCCCGCCGUCUUGGUCCGUCUUGGAAAGUCUGGGAUUCCGAACCUUUUGCCUGGCUGGAAAAAAGAGUUCCUCCCUGUGUGUGUGUGAAUGCGGGGCUCGUGUGGUUGGGCUGAUGCUGAUGCUGAUGCUGACAGGUUUAAUUGAUCCUGAUUAUUUUCGUGCAAGUUACUUGGGUUAGUAGUUACAAGGUGUCAUCAUGAGAGAAGAUGUGAUGGAACCACGGCCACGAAUAAUGAUUGAUGAUUGAUGAUGAUGGACAGCAGCAGCAGCAGCAGCAGCAUGAUGAUGGGUCGUAUUUCGGCUAACCUGAUACAUUUCAAUAGAGCGUGUUGGGUGUUGUACGUACGGUAUUCUUGCACUUUUUGGGAUACGGAGAGGGACAGCGGUGUGUUGUUGUUGCUAUUGUUUUUUGCUUUUUGGAUCUGGUUUGUUUUUCCAAAGAUACCCCCCACACCACACCAC